AUGUUACCAAUACGUAUUCGAAUAAAUAAACGAACGCUGCGAAUGAAAUUGCAUUAUUUCCUUUACAUGGGAGGUAUAGCAUCAGUUCAAGGAUUUGCACCUACAAUAGCGAAACAACUGGGUUAUUCACCGAUGGUGGUCGGUUCUGUUUUCACAUAUUUGUCCAUGUUAUCCUUCUUCGUGAAACCCAUUGUGGGAAUUAUCGUUGAUAAAUUUCGCGUGAAAAGAAUUAUGUUCCUAGCAUUUGUUCUGUCAUGCGGUCUUACGGCGUUUUCUUUAAACUUCAUCCAGAAAAUACCCACAGAAGCCGCUGCGAAUUUAAGUUGUGGCAAUACAACCGUGUUGAACGUUUGUUCGAACGAUGACGACCGGUUGUCUCAAUGUGAUGACAGUCUACUUAAGCUUAUAAAAAACAUCGCAGAACCCAUCGAAUGCCAAUUACGUUGUGAACAAAACGAACCGUUUCGGGACGAAAUCUAUAAAUCUUGGAGUAUCGUCGAUCACAAUAUCAAUAUAAAUACAAAUACUACGUAUAAAAACGACGGAUUUGAGGAUCUCGACGUGACUUUGAUUAUCGGCGCAACAGACCAGAUCGAAAAGAACGAUGUGGUGUUUCAAGUGAAAUCGGCACACAUCAUGAAAACACAAGUCGCAUUUCCGUACUGUCAGAGACAGGUGAGUACUCGGUGCAAGAUCGACUGCUCAAACGAUGUCGUAAUGGAAUUAGCGACCGUCCAAAAGUUCGAGGGAAGUAUUUUUGGCUUACAUCAGUUCUGGAAAUAUUUAACUGUCAUGAGCUUGUUUUGGAUUAGCCAAGCAAUCACUUGGAGUCUACAAGACCCCAUAUGCUUUGAUAUUUUAGACGACAAGCCUGAAGAUUUUGGCAAACAGAGAUGCUGGGGAUCCAUAAGUUGGGGAAUUUUCUCAGUUUUUGGCGGAGUGCUGGUCGAUUAUUUCAGUAAUAGUGACUAUGAAAAAAACUACGUUCCAGUUUAUUAUCUAUGCCUUAUAAUCAUACUAUGGGAUUUCGCCUUGGCGUACAAAAUAGAAAUAACUGAGACAAUCGGAUCUAAGAAUACAUUUUCAGACGUAUUCAAAUUGAUAACUAAUAUGAAUGUCAUAGUCUAUUUGAUAUGGAUCGUAGUGAUGGGAAUUUGUACAACGAUGCCAUGGAACUAUCUAUUUUGGUACAUGGAGGACUUGACCCAAAAGUACCACAGUGACAAACAAUCGUGGACGAAAACUUUACAGGGUUUGGCCAUAGGAAUUCAAUGUAUCGGCGGUGAAUUGCCUUUGCUAUUUUUUUCCGGUUGGUUCAUCAAACGAAUCGGCCACACGUAUUGCAUGGCCUUAGGUCUUUUCGCUUUUGCUCUCAGGUUCUAUCUGUACUCCGUGAUCACCAACCCCAUUUGGAUACUGCCCGUCGAGUUCACCAACGGCAUUACAUUUGGACUGUGUCACGCCGUCUUGUUAGCCUAUGCUAGAUUCAUUGCUCCCCAGAGUUCGGCCACCACUGUGGUGGCACUAUCCGGAGCACUUUUCGAAGGUGUUGGUACAUCUAUUGGUGGCUUGGUCGGUGGAUUUAUGUACCAAACAUAUGGCGGAGAGAGGACAUUUGAAUUAUUUGCGUAUGGCUCAUUAAUAAUGGGUAUUCUCCAUGUAAUAUUUAUUAAGUUAAAUAAUAGGUCGAUUAAGAUGAAAACCACACAAUGA